UGUGAGCUGCAGAGCCUCCCUUACCAACUGCAGCCAUAUAAAGCCUUUGGAGACAAACUCGCAGCUAGCUGCCCGCCGCAACCAUGAAGGCUCUCUUUUUUGUCCUCUUGGCCACCUACUUGGCCCUGCAGCCAGGUGCCGCCCUGCAGUGCUACUCCUGCACUGCGCAGGUGAGCAACACAGACUGCCUGAAUGUGCAGAACUGCAGCCAGGGCGAGAACAGCUGCUGGACAUCACGCGUCCGGGCCAUUGGACUUGUGACAGUUAUCAGUAAGGGCUGCAGCUCAAACUGUGUGGACGACGCAGAGAGCUACUAUGUUGGCAAGAAGAACGUCACGUGCUGCUACUCCGACCUAUGCAACGUCAGUGGUGCCCAUGCCCUGAAGCCAGCCACCACCACCCUGGGGCUGCUCACUGUGCUCUGCAGCCUGUGGCUGUGGGGCUCCAGCCAUCUAUAGGCGCUCAGGGGGCCCCACUACAGCCUCUAUUAGACAGGGAUACCCCACCACCACUCCUAACAUCCACACAGAGCUAGCCUUCGCCCUGCCCCUCCUGGAGCUCCCUCGUCUCUGCGGCUUCUGUUUCUACAGUUGGCACCUUGCCCACCCCUCCCUGCCCCCACCAGCACCACGCCCCACCAGUUCUGCUCCGGUACUUCUGCUGCAGGA